CAUUACCUUCUCUUUGAAACACUGGUAGAGCCUGGGCUAUUUUUUUUUUCGGAAUAGAACAGAUCGUGGAAAAACAAAAAUACACUAAUCAUACAGUUCCGCAAUGAUGUCUUCGAUCUUUUUGUUGAUAUAAUACCGCCCCGAUACCGUCGUUAGAAGCAUCUGUGACCACGGUGAGACGGGAGCGUCGAUCUAGGUAGCUUAGAACCGGUGCGUAUUGGAAAGUGCAUAUGCCAUUCGCCAAGUCCACCAGUUCUCGGCUGUUCAAAGCACUAUUGCCAAUGAUCUUGAUUUCUUCUUCGUCGUUAAAAAGAUUUCCGAUUUCUGAAUUGAAGGUAAUCACGUUUCGCAAUUCUGGAUCUUGUUUGGUUAAGCAGAUAAUAUGGGAGACCGUCGUACUGUUGAGGUGCUUCCAAGCCGCGAAGGAUAAUGUCUCUGUCGGACAGUGCCUCCAUGGCGGGUUGAAGAGCGACAAUACUUGUAAGGUAGUAAAGAAGUUAAUGACAAAACUUCAUCAUCACCCUUGUUAGAUGGGGGCAACCUGUGGAUAAGCAUUCAGAAGUUCGCCCAGAAAAGAGGUCAGAAAAGAGGUCAACACUUGGUGCUCUCCAAUUUUCAUUGUGUUCUUUCGUACUCCGCCACGUGAAAAUUGACAGUUCCUUUGAGGGUGCGUGCUCAAGCAGCUUUACUGACUAACAAAAAUGAAAGACAAAAAGAAAGAAGAUGAGAAAAAAUGCUGGAGCUCUGACAUUAUUGAUUUACCUGGCAGAUUUUUUAUACGCGAG